AUGGUAUCAUCGCAUGGCUCCCGCAUAUCUCAUACCAUCGCAAGUAAAUUCGAUAUAAUACUGGCCAGCUCAUCGCCAAGAAGGUAUGAAAUCUUACACGAUGUUAUGGGCAUUAAAGAGCUCACGCUAAUGAAACCUUCAUUUGCGGAAGAUCUUGAUAAAUCGGUCUAUCAAGAUAAUCCAAUUGGCUACGUAUGCGACACUUCCCGUUGCAAAGCCGAGGGUAUUGUUGGGGAUCUGAAGCGAAUGAAUUGUGAACAAGGAAAACCCAAACUUGUAAUCUGCGCAGAUACAGUUGUAAUUGACAGCAACAACAGAAUAUAUGAGAAGCCUAAAAGUAAAGAGAUCCAAUUGCAAAACUUGAAGAACUUUUGCUAUUCAAAAGGCUAUUCGCCUCUAAAAGUUGUAACAGCCGUGACAAUAAUAAGAUGGAAGUGUGAAGAGGAUUAUCAAAUACGUAAAACAUUCCACGAAACCACAGAUAUAGUGUGUGACGAUGAGAUUCCUUUGAAACUUCUAGAGGACUACGUAGAUAGUGAAGACGGUAUAAACGUCGCAGGGGGCUUUAAGAUUCAGGGUAUGAGUGCUAUGAUAAUCAAGAAAAUCGACGGUGACUAUUACAACGUUGUGGGUCUACCACUGAAUAGAACUUUUAUGGCAAUUAUUCACGAAACUUCAGAUUAG